GUCAAAAUUUUGUUCGACGUCGGUUCGUCCACAAUUUCCCCUUUGGAGGUUUUGUUUGGCGUUGAUCUCUUCUUUUUUUAUUUUUCGCUGGUUUUCAACUUAUCCUUACACACAUCAAAUCCCAGCUUAAAUAGCCAUAAAGGAAAACCAACCAAAAGCAAAGGUCAAGAUGUCCAACCACCACCAUGGCCCUGGUCCUCUUCCCAAUCGUUGGCUUCACUGUCCACGCAAAAGUGAGAAUAUUAUUGCUGAUAAAUUUAUAGCCUUUAAGACUCCGCUCAGCAAUAAAUUCAAAGAUCAAAUGCCCUUGGAUUGUAUGUUUCCACCAGAAAUGAUUUUUGGCUACGUAAAGGCAUUAAAAUUAAAAUUAGGAUUGUGGAUCGAUUUGACAAACACUAAACGUUUCUAUGAUCGUGAAGUAGUCGAAUCGAAGGGAGCUACUUAUGUGAAACUCCAAUGCAGGGGACAUGGCGAAACGCCAUCAAUGGAUCAAACUCGUUCCUUCAUUGAAAUUGUGGAUAAUUUUAUAAAUGAACGACCCUUUGAUUUAGUUGCUGUUCAUUGCACUCAUGGAUUUAACAGAACAGGCUUCCUUAUUGUUUCAUAUAUGGUUGAACGGCUAGAUUGUUCAGUUCAGGCAGCCUUAUCAGCUUUUGCAGAUGCCCGUCCGCCGGGAAUCUAUAAACAAGAUUAUAUUAAUGAGCUCUUCCGAAGAUAUGACGAUGAAAAAGAUGCACCCCAAGGACCGGUAUUGCCAGAUUGGUGUGUAGAAUUUGACGAUUCCGAUGGCAAUGGUCCACAAAAGAGACCAAUUGAAGAUGACGACGAUACGACAUCCAACACGGAGAAUGGCGGAAGUGAUAAACCUUCAAAUUCAAAGAAAAAAAGACGCAAAGAAAUGUUUAUAAAAGAUGCACAAUUUAUGAGUGGUGUGUGUGGUGUUGUUUUGGUAUCGGACGAACCACGUUUGGGUCAACUUCAGCGCAAAGUACAAGAUAUGUGCGGCUGGGAAAAUUCUGGAUUCCCUGGGGCACAACCUGUAUCGAUGGAUCGAACAAAUCUUAAUUUUCUCGCAGAAAAGCCAUAUAUGGUGUCCUGGAAGGCCGAUGGAACAAGAUACAUGAUGCUCAUCAACAAACAAAAUGAAGUUUACUUUUUCGAUAGGAAUCUCUCGUGUUUUCAAGUUGAUAAUGUUUCAUUCCCCCAACGAGAGAAUCUUAAGGAAUGGGUUUUCGAUACGUUAUUAGAUGGAGAAAUGGUAAUUGAUAAAGUCCAAGGUCAAAAUAUACCACGUUACUUGGUAUACGAUGUUAUCCAAUUCCAAGGAAAUUCGGUAGCCAAAAUGAAUUUCCGUGAUCGAUUGAAGUACAUUAAAAAUGGACUUAUAGAACCUAGACAUGAAGCUUUUUCAAAAGGAAUCAUCAAUAGACAAUUAGAAUCAUUUAGUGUUCGUAAUAAAGAGUUUUGGGAUAUAACUAAAGCUGCAUCACUUUUGGAUCCCAAAUUCACAAGAUGUCUGCCCCACGAACCUGAUGGUUUAAUUUUCCAGCCAGUUGAAGUGCCAUAUACAGCUGGUGUUUGUAAGGAUAUACUCAAGUGGAAACCUCUCAGUUUAAAUUCGGUAGAUUUUAAACUUAAAAUAGUCAAAGAAAGUAGACCUGGAAUGCUUAACACAAAAGUUGGAUUACUGUAUGCAGGCGGAAUGGAUAAUCAGAGUUACUCAGAAAUGAAAUACACCAAGGACUUAAAGGAUCUCAAUGGGAAGAUUAUAGAAUGCACAAUCGAAAAUGGCCAAUGGAAAUUUUUAAGGGAACGAACUGACAAAACUCAUCCAAACAGUUAUACGACAGCAAAUUCCGUUAUGAAAAGUAUCAGGAAUCCAGUCACAAAAGAAAUUCUUCUUAGUUUUAUUGAAGAACAUAGAUACCGUAAAGAUAAUGAAAGAAUGCCACCACCACCGCCAGCAGCACCAGCACCCGAUUUUCAACGAGGAUUGUACAAUCGUGUUUAAAAAGUUAGCUAAUUCAUUUUAGAUCAUUAAAUCAUUUACUUAAUAUUAAAACAAAGACAAGAAAAACAACAGACACAACACACAAAAACAAAAACCAAGCAAAUCAAACAUAAUUAUUAGAUGUUAUAAGAUUUUAUUGCAAAAUGAAAAUAAGAAACUAGACUUUGUCAUCUCAAAA